AGCAGGAGCCGUUGGUGCUCAGAGGCAAGGAGAGAGGAGGGAAAGUGAGUGCCUUAAAGGCGCACUCAGAAAAUGCCAAAAGCCCCCCGUGGAAAUGGAUACAGGGGCCAUCUGCUGCCUAUAGAUCAGGGUUUGUAGGCAGGGCGGGCAAAAGACCUUCGUGGCUCUUUUGAAUGAAAUGCUGAGGUUUGCAUCACAGAUCUGGCCGGGCAGCCUGCGCAAUGGUGCUGCUGCUGCAUGAAACCUGGGCAUGUGGAUCCCAGGCACGGAUGCACCCAGGCCAGCCUGCUUUGGCUUAAGGGUGGUGGAAGAGAGGAAGAGAGGGAAUGCAGAGAAUAUUGCAGUCAACGUCUGGCUCGGGUCGCCUGCUCAAAUAAGUGGUUGAAGCCCAAAGAAGCCUGCCAACCUCUCAUGAAUGGGGGAGCUGACACAAAAUGUUGUGUUGACUGCAAAGAAAUGCUAAACCUUCCGUCUGAGCACUGUGCAGAGAGAGACCAUGGAGAAGUCAAGUAGCGAGGAUUCCUCCAUUCACCGGAGUCCAUCUUUGGACAGCAAGGACUCUGACUCCGCAAAGCCUUCUACCUCAGGCAGGCAGUUUAGUCGAGGCUUUACUGCCGGAGCUUUCUACGGCACUGCUGGAUCACGCAAGCAGAGUCACAGCGCAGCUGGAGCAGGGACUGAGGCGGGGACUGGCAUGAAAAGUGCGAAGGGCAAAGCACCCAAAGGCAGCAGCAAAUAUGUGGUCUUUUACCUGGAUCUAUCCUUUGUUUUCCUUCUAGAAUUUCAGAAGUGCAGCAUGGCAAGAGGCUGCUUGUGUUGUUUGAAGUACAUGAUGUUCCUUUUCAAUUUAAUGUUUUGGCUGUGUGGCUGUGGCCUCCUGGGCGUAGGAAUAUGGCUGUCGGUGUCACAAGGAAACUUUGCCACGUUUUCUCCCAGCUUCCCGUCACUGUCAGCUGCCAACCUGGUCAUUGCUCUCGGUGCUAUCAUCAUGGUGACUGGCUUCUUGGGCUGCUUGGGUGCUAUCAAGGAAAACAAGUGCCUCCUCCUCAGUUUCUUCAUUGUUUUGCUGAUCAUCCUCCUUGCUGAGCUAAUCUUGCUCAUCUUGUUCUUCGUUUAUAUGGACAAGGUCAGUGAAAGUGCAAAGGAGGACUUGAAAGAAGGGCUCAAACUUUAUAACACAGAAAACAACGUGGGGCUGAAGAAUGCUUGGAAUAUCAUUCAGGCCGAGAUGCACUGCUGUGGCGUUACCAGUUAUACAGACUGGUACCCAGUGCUAGGUGACAACACUGUGCCUGACAGAUGCUGUAUGGAAAAUUCCCAAGACUGCGGUCGGAAUUCAACCAACACAAAUUUAGUGUGGAAAAUGGGGUGUUUUGAAAAAGUUCAGAUGUGGUUUGAUGAUAAUAAGCACAUUUUUGGGACCGUUGGGAUGUGUAUCCUCAUAAUGCAGAUACUUGGCAUGGCCUUUUCCAUGAUUCUCUUCCAGCAGAUUCACAGAACUGGUAAAAAAUAUGAUGCCUAAAACGUCAUAUUAUUAACCUCAACACCAUGUCUCUCUUGCCAUUGAAAAGGAAAUGGUGAACCAGAGAAUCGAGCUUUGCCCUGUCUGGGGCCUCCAUCCCACCCAUCAAUCUACAGCAUGUGGCUGAUAAGACCGGAGCACAACAUGUGACUGGAUUUACUUAUCGGUUUCUUUUUAUUCACUAUUUUUUGCCAAAGAAGAAGGGGAACUUAUAAAAAGCAAAUCAGUUUUCUACACUAAUUCAAAGGACUGUGGUUGAAACUUUUCUCUAACUACAUUUAAGGAGCAACCUUUACUGUACUAAUCUCUUUAAGACUUGUGAAGGUAACCCCACUGAUGUGCAUUUAGCUUCCUCAGAGAGUCCUCCUAAAAGUCUUCUAGUAGGUCAAUAAACUGCCUGUGCCCAACACCACACCACAUUGAGAGACUUGGAAAAGCCACUCAACCGCUUGGAUGCAGUUUUUUUGUACCUUACUGUGUAUAGUAGAAUUUAUUAACCUGAUUUAUAACUUUUUACUGUUUUUUCCUCUUUUCCUAUGUUAUUCUCAGAGUAACUUCAUGCAGUCUUUGAAGGAUGCUAUUUUUAAACUUUGAAAUCUAAAUGCAGAAAGAAAAAAUGCAGCCUAACUCCAAACAUCUUCUUAUGGCCACAUUGUUGCUCUCAGCUGCGCACCGACAGAGUGAAACUGUGAUAGGAUGUGCCCCUACUGUGUACCUAGGCAUUUAAGUUUACGUGUAACGACAUCACCUACUGCAUAGGUGUGCUCAUAAGAGAGCUAGGAUUAGAGUACACAUUUGGAAUCAAAACUAGAUUUGCUGCCGCAUAAUGUGUUGGA